UAAUGGUAAUUGUAUGUAAAAAAAAAAAAAAAAAAAAUGUCAUCAGUUUUUAUGAGUCCCUACUUUUGAAGUAUAUUUAAUUAGUAUUUAGUAGUUUUUAAAUCAGCCUGACCUAAGCUUUGAUUAUAACCUUUGUGAUUAACACAUGGUUUUAUGUCAUUUAACAAGAUUUAUCCUGUUAAACUACAGUAUAAGUAGGUUAGGCAUACUUUUUGAAUGUGAUUAAAAUCAACAGUAACAUUACUAAUUGGUGAUAUUUGAGUGGGUGGAAAAGUUGAGCCCCCAAGUCAAAAACGUUAAGAACCCCUGAUAUAUAUACUAUGCAUGUCUAUGUGUCUGAAGUUGACAAAUUCUGGUUAGAAACGGCACUGCACCAUACUGCUUAACCUAUUUGGACGUAAGGAUGAGAACAUAAGCAGCAGCUAAUAAAACCACACAAUAUUCUUAAAUCAAUGUCUCUCUAACAAUUCCAGUCAAAAGUGUGUUAUUAUGACGAAUUGGAUCCCAUCAUACUGAGCAGGUGUGUGUAUUGGGUUCGGUCAGUGUAUGUUACCCAUUAAACACAUCGACCGCUCGAAGUAACUGCCUGAUAUACCGUCCACCACACUGUAAAAUAAAAGUCUGCGUUUUUAAAGACAAAAAGUAUGCGUCUGCGUGUGGACAAGAGGCCUAAACGCAGAGAUAAGUAUGCGUUUAUUAAGUAUCUGUGUUCGUGUGGACAUGGCCUAAGAGCUUAACCCGUGAAAUACAGUUUGAUGACAAUGAAAGCGCCAGCGCAGGUGUAUCCCAGCCGUCCAUCAUUGAUCAUACGACUGACAGUGAAGGAGGCGUUAAAUUACACAUCCAUGUCACAUUCAAAGACAUUUUAAACAGCUGUUAAGAAGUAGCUUUAAUCACACCUGAAGGUUUUGGGUUUCACGUGUCAGUCGAUGAGUGCUCCACCUGUGUACACAAAGGUUUCUUUUUUUUUUAAAUGAAACUUAAGCAUCUGUUUGGGGGAUUGUUUUGGGACCAGUCUUGAUAGCCAUGUGAUUCAGUGGCAUGACAGGGUCCACGGAUCAUGUUUUGUUGAGAAUUUGGGCAAGAUGCAGCAUGAGGGGUCGUGUCUUGAUCUCGCUGUCGGUUGACACAGAGUUGGAAUGAUCAGCACGUGAUUUCGUGGUUGGGCGAGGAACCAAAAGAGCUGAGAGGAUGAGUCGCGCUCAUUCGCACAAAGGAAGAAGAGCAGUGCAUCACAUCAGAGCUUGUACCUCCCCCCACAGGGUAAGUCUCUUAUCUCUCUUAGCACAACAAUACGACAAUGGCACAUUAUUUAUUUAAAAAAAAAUCAUGCAUUAAGGUUUAUUUUCUUGUAACAGCAACUUUUUUCUCUCCUUGUAGGCAACAUGGAGCAUCUCAUUCAUUCAACAACCAUGACUGAAACAACUGAUGACUUUGUCACUGAUUAUUACCCUGACUACUAUGACACAGACCCUACUGAGAUCACCGGCAUGUGUGACAGAAGUUGGGUCCGACAGUUUCGCGGGUGGUAUGAACCCCCCCUUUUCUGGACUAUCUUUGUGCUGGGUGCCCUGGGAAACCUCAUGGUGGUCUGGAUCUACACCACGGUGCGCAACCGCCUCAAAACCAUGACCGACGUCUAUCUGCUCAACCUCGCCGUGGCUGACCUCCUCUUCCUGUGCACGCUGCCCUUCUGGGCGACGGAUGCCACCAAAGGAUGGGACUUUGGCGUCAGUCUCUGCAAAGUGGUGUCCGCCGUCUACAGGAUCAACUUCUUCAGCAGCAUGUUCCUGCUCAUGUGCAUCAGCGUGGACCGCUACAUCGCCAUCGUGCAGGUCACAAAGGCUCAGAACUGGAAGAAAAAGCGUCUCUUCUACAGUAAACUGGCCUGCGUGGUCGUGUGGUUGGUCUCCACUCUCUUUGCCUUGCCUGAGUUUCUCUUCGCCCAGGUAAAGACGGACUUAAGCGGGUCGUCCUUCUGUGUUCUGCUUUACUGGAACAACAUAAACAACCGCACAAAGAUCUUAGUGCUGUCCCUGCAGAUCUGCAUGGGCUUCUUCGUCCCUCUCCUUGUCAUGAUCUUCUGCUACUCCGUCAUCAUUCGCACGCUCCUGCAGGCCAGGAACUUUGAAAAGCACAAAGCCCUGCGCGUCAUCUUCAUCGUGGUCUUUGUGUUUGUCGUCUCCCAACUGCCGCACAACAGCCUGCUGAUGAUGGAGGCCUCGCAGGCCGCCAACACCACCAUCACGGAGUGCAGCGUCGUGAAGCGCUUCGACGUGGCCGGUCAGAUCGCAAAGAGCCUGGCGUACACCCACGCCUGCUUGAACCCUUUCUUGUACGUCUUUGUCGGUGUGCGCUUCAGGCAGGAUCUCAUGAGGAUGGUCAAGAUGUGCGCUGGUGGACUGAGGAAACGGGGACUCGGCAAAGUCCAAGCGGUUCCUAAACGCCCGUCGGUCAUGACUGACACUGAUACCACACCUGCGCUUUCCUUAUAGGUCCCUGUUGUCAAAAGGUUGGUAUCGAUCAUAAAGAGCAGGGGUGUCAAACUAAUUUUAGAUCGGGGCCACAUGGAGAAAAAUCUACUCCCAAUUGGGUCGGACUGGUAAAAUUACGGCACGAUAACUUAAAAAUAAAGACAACUUCAGAUUUUUUUCUUUGUUUAAAAAUAGAACAAGCACAUUCUGAAUAUGUACAAAUCAUAAUGUUGUUGAAGUUUUUUUUAUUCUUACAUGUUGCGGUUAAUAGUAUUCUAUCUUUAUUUGUCGUUAUUUAUACUUUCUGAAUAAAUUAUAUGAUAAUGUUCAUCAGUCAACUCAUUGGUGUUAAUUUUUAAUCUAUCAAGAUAAAAAAAUAAUAUCAAAAUCAAAUUACAGGAUGUUAUUUAUGUAGUUUGCUCAUUUUCCUCAGCUGAUGCACCAACAUCAUGUGCUUUUUUUUUUUUUUUUUUUUUUUUUUUUUUUUUACAUGUGUAGCAUAAUCUACAAAGAUACAAAUAAUUGCUAUUGCAACAUCUAGUGGACACAUUUAGAACAGCAGUUUCUUUCAUUCAAAAAUUCCGGCUCAUUUUUAUACUUAGCAAACUCAUCCCGCGGGCCGUACGUUUGACACCCCUGAUGUAGACUAGAGUGAACGAUCCACACCUCCCCAGAGACAUCUUCAUUGGAGAUUUGUGUUACACAGGUCAAACUAAAAAAAAUGUAAUACCGUGCAAAGGUUAGUUUAUGCUAGCAUUUAGAUCAGUGGUUCUUAACCUUGUUGGAGGUACCGAACCCCACCAGUUUCAUAUGCGCAUUCACCGAACCCUUCUUUAGUGAAAAAUAAAAUGUAGUUUUUUUUCAAAUUCAAGACAAAGUUAUAUGUUUUUGGUAACACUUUAUUAUGGGGAACAUAUUCUAAGUAACAAAGACUUACUUUAGAGUUUUUUGGACACUAGGGGAACAUAUUCUAAGUAACAAAUUGCCGUAUCCGUAAUACGCAGAUAGGGAGAAGUUUUUAUUUACACGAUGAGUCGGGUGUGUCUUGACCUCCGCCGAACCCCUGAGCCCGACUCACCGAACCCCUAGGGUUCGAUCGAAUCCAGGUUAAGAACCCCUGAUUUAGAUAGGCAAGGUGAAACUAAUAUAUGACAUAGGCUCAUAACAUGCAACUUAAGAUACUUUAAGCCUUCUUUUGAUAUCAUUUUGAUGAUUAUGGCUUAUAUCUUAUGAAAACCUCAAAUUGAAAAUCUUAGAAAAUGUGGUGUUUUCAAAAACUAAGCUAUGAUCAUCAAAAUUAUAAGAAAUAAAGCCUUGACAUAUCUUACUCUACAUGUAAAAAGUUUAUAUCACAUAUGAGUUUCACAUUUGAAGUCGAAUUGCUGACAUGAAUGGACUUCUGCACAAUAUUCUAUUCUAUUUUUUGAGUUUCACCUUUUAUAAAAUGUUUUUUUCCAGAUAUGUGUAACCAUAUUCAAAAACAAAUGUCCACUGCAGAGGAUGUUGGUUCUCAAGAGCUGAUACCAGUACUUUGCCGUUAAGAUGCAUGCACUUUCAGGGGAACUGCAAAUGACAACCUGAAGUUGCAAAGCUUGUAUAUAAUGUAAAUGAGUGUAAAUACUGUAUCAUGCCUUUUUGACGUCAUUUUCCAACCACAGUAAAAUACUUUAAUUUGAUAUUUUUAGACACCAACAGCAUUAAAAGAAAUAUUUUAACCAA